ACACUCGCAGUCUCGCACACAGCCACACACACGUCACGGGUUCACAAACAGCUGAUACAAGCGAGAUGGCAGGUGUUAUCACUCGGGCUCCGCUCAGGCUGGGCAAGCUAAUUCCACAAAAUACGUGCUUGUUUCUUUGUGAUUUACAGGAAAAGUUUCGGAACAGCAUCCAGUACUUCCCUCAAAUAGUGGAAGUCUCGGGCAGACUGCUGAAGGCCUUCUCGCUGCUGGAGCUCCCCGUGGUGGCCACUGAGCAGUACCCAAAAGGUCUUGGUAACACAGUAGCAGAGCUGUCUAUAGCAGAACAUAAUGUGCCUGUGUUUGACAAAACAAAGUUCUCCAUGUGUUUGCCACCCAUCCAGAACAUCAUCAAAGAUAAAGAGGUGAAGUCUGUAGUGCUGUGUGGUAUUGAGGCCCAUGUAUGUGUGCAGCAGACAGCCCUUGAUCUCUUGGAGAGUGGCAUAGAGGUGCAUGUGGUGGUGGAUGCCUGCUCCUCUCGCUCAAUGACAGACAGGAUGUACGCCUUUGAAAGGCUGAGAGACAGUGGAGUCUUCUUGACCACCAGUGAAUCUGUCAUUCUUGGACUAGCAGGUGGUUCAUCUCAUCCAAUGUUCAAACAACUUCAGAAAAUUAUCUGGGAGUCUGCUCCUGACACGGGACUAUUGGCUGCAAGACAGAAACCCUUGCUUGCAGCUCUAGCUGAUGCUGGAAAAGAUGCAAAGUUAUAAUCCUAACAUAUUAGAACUUAAUCAGUGCAGAUCAAAAUCAGUCAGUACGUAUGGAUGAUUUUUUUAGUAUAAUUUUGGUCACAACACAAGGAAAAGGUUAGAAACUGUUAGUAAUGUUCAGUUUAAAGUAUGUUAGAUCUAUAUCUCUUUAUAAAUGUGUGAUGCAUAAUGUGGGUUGUAUGUAUUUUCUUGUACUAUAAAUGGUUUCCAUACAAGUA